AUGUCUUCGAGUCUUUUUAUUAAACUUCAAGAACGUAUUGAAUUAGCAUUAAAAUCCGAAUUUGGCAUUAAACUUAUAGAACACGUUAAAUUAACAAUGUCGUCACGCAUAAAUCAGCAAAUAUUAAAAUAUGUGAAAGAUAUUUAUUAUGGAAGCAGUUUUGUUGAGAAUAAACUUGAUAUUUAUAUGCCAGAUAAUACUGUUGGAUCAACUUUCUAUGGAUCAACUACAACUUUCUACCCUGUGAUUAUAUUCUUUUAUGGAGGAGGUUGGGCUGUGGGUAGUAAAAAUAUUCACCAAUUUCUUGGAAUGCGAUUAAGUCAAAUGGGUUACGUGGUCGUAAUCCCAGAUUAUACGAAAUAUCCAAAAACAAAUAUUGACGGAAUCAUAUCUGAUUUCAAACGCGCGGUGGUAUGGACAAAAAAAUCUAUCAAUGAAUAUGGUGGAGAUCCAAAUAACAUUUAUUUAAUGGGUCACUCGGCUGGUGCACAUACCUCAAUUUUUACAAUAAUUCGAGAUGUAAUUUAUAAGUCACGUAACGACGAAGGAAAAACAAAUACUGAAUUAUAUGACAUUGAUCCUGAAUGGAAUUUGCCUAAAAUCUCCGGAUUGAUUUUGAUGUCUGGGUGUUAUGACAUGCCUAAGCAUUAUGAAUUUGAAGUAAGUAUUGGUUUCGAGGAUCUUUCUUCAAUGUCAAGAGUCAUGGGAAACACUCAAGAAUCACUUGUCAAAAAUUCUCCAUUACUAUUGAUCCAAGAUAUUGCUAAUAAUAAACUGAUUAAUAUUAAUCAAGUAAAAAAUUUGAUGCCCAAAAAGAUUUUUAUUAUUCAUGGAGAUCAGGAUUUACCAAUCAAGGAAUUAAAAUUUAAAAUUUAUCAAGAUAAGGGUCAUGAUGAAAUUGUUUAUGAUAUGAUGAACUUGUCUAAUCCUGAAUUGGUUGCUGAUUUUAAAGAAUUUAUGUCUGUUUAA